CUGUCCUAUAGUUCUCCAUGCUACGCCAUAGGCUACUUAGAGUUCACGCUGCACCUCUUUCUUCUCAUCGACGUUCAAAUACAUUACAAUACCUAAUCGUUGGACACGGCCGUGGCUUGCACGCUGACAUUCCAACACCAAAGGCUGGUGUUGCAAGGAUACGACGAUGGAUCUUACCUGUCGCAAUGAUAGCCAGCAUUGGAAUCAUAUAUGUGGCGUACAGGGAAACCAUUAAACCGGAGAAUUGGGAAGAGGUUCCAAUUACGGGCCGAAAGCGUAGAAAAGUCGCAAGAAAGAAAGAAAUUCAGGCCAGGCUGGUCCAGUCAGCCCGAGAAGAGUUAUUGUCCUACACGGAACCGAAUUCGUGCACAAAGAUCCUUCCUCCCAACCAUCCGUUAUCCAAACUUGGCUCAGAUAUUGUGUCUCGUAUUCUUUCUGCCUCUGAUCUUGGCCAUCUUGGGCCCCGACACACUAUCAAGGACAGCGUGGAUGAGAACGAUUCCCUCCUCGACGAUCGCGAAUGGCGAAUCUAUGUACUUGAUGGGCCUCUGCCAAAUGCUUGCGUGCUGUCAGGGACCAGAAUCAUCACCAUUACUGCAAGUAUGUUCAACCUUUUGCGAAACACCGACAUGGUAGCUUCAUGUCUUGCUCAUGAGAUUGCUCAUGAGGUCGCAGAGCAUGCUUUGGAAAAGAAUAGCCUUCUCCAAAUUAACCUAUCAAGUGGCUUUUUGACCUGGUUCUACAGGGAUAUUUUCCAAUGGCACGAAUUCGAAGCCGACUCUCUAGGUCUUCUUUUCAUGUCUCGGGCUUGUUAUAAUCCGACUGCGGCUGUUGCGACAAUCAAGCGGCUCCAUGAUAUGGAUUUAUCUCUCAAGGAGCUCAUAGAAACGAGAGAGCAUCAGUCUGGCAAGCUUUUCAAGAACAUGAAGAAAGAGGACACGCAUCCUCCUUGGGAAGAUAGAAUCAAGGCGUUGGAGAAACUACUUCCUGCUGCCUUUCACACUCUAGAGUCAACACCAGCGUGUUCACAUACAAAUCGAUACUGGGAGGUGUGGAAGCGGGCCAUUGACGACAAUUCAAAUGCUCCCCUCCAAAGUGCUUGAGAAUGGAAUUAUUUGUUUGUAUAUCCUAUAUGGUGUAUCUUGAAGUCGUUGUAAUUGCAAUGACUGACGGUUAGGGUCGAGCUGCAUGUCCGGUUCAGCAGACCAUCUUGUCAAACACCGGGACUUCCUUUUUGUCAUGUACAUCUGUCAGUGAAUUUGGAGGGACGACAUGUAUUGUUUAUAUGGAAUUUGGAAGGAAGCCGGAAGGGAACAACAUUGAUCUCAAUACAUAGUCAAUCCGUUGCACCCCUUACCUUGUGUCAUACAAGGUUUAAAGCGUCCUCCAUAGGAAGUUGAGUAGCUUAGCUCACGGAUGUUUCAGCAAGGAGCGUCAUAUAAUGGUACUGCCAGCUAUUG